GAAGCAUGGGAGGAGGGGAGGAGGGAAGAGGAGAAGAGAAAACCGACAUAAACAAACAGAACUUGCAAACUGCAUAAAAACGUACGAAUUUGCAAUGUUUCUACGUUAAGUGAAGGUUAUCUCAACAGUUUUGAUGUUUUUGGUGCACCAUUAUUUUAUAAUAUUUUAGGAUGUCCGAUAGAAAUGCCACAGUGAGCGGAGAGCAUUCAAGCCAAAUCAAUCCUGAAGCGCAUAGUCCGCAAGAGAUUCAGAUUGCGCUUUACUCUCGUAAACAGGCAUUCGACUACUUCGAGAAAGCUUAUUUUGGACGAGCUUUGGCUCAUUUGUUUGUAGCUCUUCGCCUGAUUCCAGAAUGGAGAAGUGAGCUUCGAUUUAUGUUUUGGCAAGCGUUGAGUGGCGGUUGCAAACAAUUAGCAGAUGAAAACAGAUUAGAAGAUACUAUCAAUCUGAGGCAAGAGGCUUCCUUGUUAUAUCCUGAUGAUGAAAUGAUACUUAUGGACCUUGGAUCAAUUUAUUUUAAGUUAGAUGAUAUUGAAAAAUCUCUUAAGUACUAUUAUAAAGCCCUUGAAUUGUGCCCUACAUUUUUACCUGCAUCUCGCGCAAUACAGUCAAUUCAUAACAAGCAAGUAGAAAGAUGGCAUUUUAGGAUGCUGAAUGACACCGAUAGGAAUGAGGCUUAUAAUCGGGCGAUUGCUCAUCUAAUACAGAAAGGCUUUUCUUCAGUGCUUGAUGUUGGCACUGGUACUGGUAUCCUAAGUUUAUUUGCUGCGAGAGAAGGUGCAGAUAAAAUUUGGGCAUGUGAAUCAAACCCAUUCAUGUUCAAAAUUGCUCAGUCUGUACUUGCUGAAAACAAACUCUCUGAGAGGGUGAAUCUGAUCAACAAGACUUCCAGUUCAAUCCAUAUACCUUCUGAUAUUCCUCAAAAGGUUUCUUUAUUAGUUACUGAGAUAUUUGAUGCUGGUCUCUUUGGCGAAGGAGUUCUACCAACACUUAUAAAUGCCUGGGAAAAUCUCCUCUUGCCACCCUUAUACUCUUCAGAAGGAUGUGAUGAGCCAAACAGCAACCAAGCAGUUGUGGUACCAUUUAGUGCAACAGUGUGGGUUGCGGCAGUGCAAUGCAUUGAUAUUGCAAGGAGACAUAGGUUGUUACCAUCUGCUUGCUUAUGCAGAAAAACUAGAACCACUGUUCUUUGUAGGAAGAGUAAAUCUGACACGAUAGAUUUCGGUGCUGUUAAACUCUGCAAAUUUUGUGAGGCUCCACUCGAUGAAUUACAUCAGGACAGAAGAGACCUCAAUUGCUGUCUUGAUGAUGCAAGUGUAGUGCUCAAUGCAUCCGAACCAUAUACAACUGAGAACUUGGAGCAUGUUCCUUUUGGCUUUGAACUUUUAUCCAAACCACACAAACUUUUGGAAAUUAAUUUCAAUAGUUUAGAGGAGCUCAAGGCUUAUAGUCAAAACAUGCUCAGGGAAAAGAAAAUGACGGUUUUGACAGACACUGCAGGGUCCUGUGAUGCAUUAGCUUUAUGGUUUCAUCUCAAUCUUGACAAUAAUGGAACUGUUCUAUCAACUGCCCCAUUUAGUGAAGUGGGUGUCUUCAGAGGUACUUGUUGGCACCAGGCAAUAUUUCCAUCAUUCACUUCAAAGCCAGUUAUGCCUGACGAUAGUAUACUGCUCAAUAUUAAUUUAAAGGAAGGAGCAUUAGACAUAUCAAUGGACAGCAAUGUCCCAGGGGAAUCAAAGAGACUGUUUUCCAUUACUGAUAAUAUUUUAGCAUUUCUUAACAAUAAAACAUGGACCAGGGCUUUUAAUGCAGCAGCUGUAGAUUUUGCAAAAACUGUCUCCCAAAUUCCUGUCACUUCAAAAAAAAUUAUGGAUCUAAACCCGUUUCCUGUGUUUGGUUUAAGAAUGCUUAGAGACUGCGAUCCAUCAUGGAAGCUAUGGGCUAAAGCAGAAACCAAUAAUGAUAAGGAGUUCAUCAUAUCUGUAGCCAGGCAAAAUUCAGUUAGUGAAAGUCAGUUAGCAUUUAUAACACAUGAGACUCUAGAUCAUAAUGUGAAAGACGAAAAAUUUGAAUUUGUUUGUGUAAAUGUUGUUGAUGCUUCAGGAGAGUUUGCAGAAAAUCUGACUGAUACACUACCUAUUUUACAAAACAUGCUGUCAUCAACUGGAAAAAUAAUACCUCACUCUCUGUCCAUUGAGUGCCAACUUAUAGAAAGUGAAAGGUUGAUGCUAGAGUCUCGCAUUGUUUCUGAUGAAAAUGUCAAAAACUUUUUCAUCAAAAAAUUCAUUAAUAAUUUUGCUGUUGACUAUCAUCUUGAUGUGCCAUAUCGGAGCCUCAAAUGUAGAAAACUUUCCAAUCCUUGUGAAUUACUCAAACUUGGAAUAAGUCCAUUAGAAUCCAGCACAAUUUGUGGUGAGCACAAGCAAAAGAUCUCAAUUCCGUCCAUUGAAGAAGGAUCUGUGACAGGUAUCAUUUACUGGGUAAAACUUUAUAUAACACCCCGAAUGGAUCCUUUAUCAACUAUUUGUCAUGACUCGCAUUGUAAUCAAGUGGUUCUUUUUUCAUCUCUCGAUGUUAAAGCUCAUCAGAAUGUAAAUUUGGAAUGUCAAUUUUGGUAUGGCAUGUUAGAUGUAAAAUUAUCUCUUGCCGAAAGCUGAUAUGGCCAUGCUCAAAGAUGGUUAUAUGCAACAAUGCAAAAUUAUGUAAAUUUUUUGAGGACACUAAAAUAAAUGUCAGUAUAUGCUUA